AUGAAGAAGUUUUCUGGGUUUAGGGGUGUUUUAAGGUUUUCUGGGAUUUCUGGGUUUGAAGAAAUGGUGCGGACAAUGUUUACUGAUAGAGACGGUCGUGUUAUACUCGACGAAGGGCCUGAUAGUCGUAGUGUUAGACCAACCGCUUAUGCACGGGCUGGGCUCACCGUGCUCAGCUUGAAUUGCGUGAACAACGAAGAUUACAGAGGCAACAAGUCUAUCUUAAGGACAUAUGGGGAUCAUGUUGCGACACGACUAUGGGACGACGUGGAUCGUGGAGAGUUAAGGGUUUUUAGCAAUGGAAAAAAAUUAAAAGAAGUUGUCAUUGAAAAUGACGAGGUUAAGGAACUUGUUAAAAGUUUCGGUUUAUAUCCAUUGCUAAAAUGCAGCUACGAUAUGAUCGACAAAGGUCUAAUUUCUGCCUUUGUCGAGAGAUGGCAUCGCGACACCAACAACUUUCAUCUUCCAAUUGGGGAGAUGACCAUUACUUUGGACGAUGUCUCUUCGCUGCUGUAUAUACCCAUCACCGGUGCAUUUUUUAGUGUUAAUAUAUUUAAUAAGGAUGAAGCUGCAGAAUUAUUGGGUGAGCUAGUUGGGGUUAGUCUGGCUGAUGCAUAUGUUGAGUUUAACAUGACGUGGACAACCACUGUUCGGUAUAGUUGGUUGCUUGACGUAUACCAUCAGCGAUGUGCUGAUCAACAUUGGCAGAUGGCUAGACCUCAACUCAUGUGGGGGGAUAUGCAUGGGGUGCUGUUGCGCUUGCUUACCUGUACGACAAUAUUCGAGAAGCGAGCAUGCAUCAGACUAGAACGGUAUCCGGGCGUGUAUGAGCAUUUUCCAGCAUUGUGUGCAAAUUGUUGUCGACUAUCUCAGAUUUAUGAUGAGGACUAUCCAAGAGCACUUAGAUGGAAGCCAAAACGGGAUAAAGAUUUGGUUAUUCCAUUUAGGAAAGCACUGGACGAGAUUGAUGUUGAUGACAUAUGUUGGACACCCUACAUAGAGCAUAGACUAAAGCGACCAUUUGAGGUUGUUUCACUAUUUAGAGGAUGGAUACGCUGGGGUCCCAAGAUGUAUGCUCACUUACCAGAUAGGAUUUCUCAUCCAUAUAUCAUUCGUAGAGAACCAGUCUAUGUAGCUCCUACGGUUGCAGAACCUGCCGAUGAUGAUCAUGCUCUAGAUGUCACAACGGAGAUUCUAGGUCGACAGCUGGUAUUACGUGAUGGCAUCGCACUCGUCAAGGAAUUAAUUUUGGUAUUGCGAUCUCAGAGGGGUGGUGGUAGAGAUUCGACUAAUGUAGUGCCAUAUCGUAGGAGACAUAGGCAAACUUAG